GGCAGGUACCAGCGAGUACCUCUGCUGCCUCUCUCACAUGCCAGCUGGAUGUGCUUCCCUUAUCUGACAGCCAGCAGGGGGUCCACUCCCCCCACUGCCCACCUUUUUUCUCGGUCUCCCAUUGAUGUUGCGACCGUCGAGCGCGUGGCGUCAGUCCACUCGAUAACCACAGAGGCAAUCCACCCGUAGGCAGGUAGGUAGCACUGGGCAGCAGCAGCAGAAACCAGAAACGCCCUUCUUCUUUUUAGCUUCCAUUCCACCGCCCGCCUCCUUCCCAAGAUUUCCCCCUUCACCUUCCUCGCCCCCCUCCUACCCUCCUGCUCUCGCCUAGCCUUACAUACCAACGCAACCCCUUUGCUCACACACGACCUCGCACGCGCCUUUGCCGUUCAACCUUCUCUCCCCUCUCUCUCCCAUCAUCACAUCACGAGUCAGCCCUUGGGCCAAGCUUCACACCACCCGCUCCGUGGCUUUGAGACGUGCAUUCACACGCAUACGACCCCGUACGCCCUCGUCAGCUUGUCAGAUCUCAAUCGCCCUGCCAAAGACGAGUCAGAUCUCGUCCCUUGCUGCCUCACCUCGGGUGCUCCCAAUCCAACCUGCGCCACUGUCGUCACAUCCACACUCCCACAUACAUCCCACAAUGUCGGCAGUUCAAGUCAACGGCGAUGUGCCGCACUCUUCAUUCCUCAAGCACCUGUACGGUUACCACGUUGUCCAUGAUGGCAUCGAGACGUUCAAGUCCAACCCUUAUGGCGCAAAGUCCAUCCAGCUCGGCGACUCGGCCUACCAGACCUUUGCCGCCCCGAUUGUACCUUACUUCAACGGCCCCUACCAAUACGUCCAGCCCUACGUUAAGAAGGUAGACGACCUCGGCGACAAGGCAUUGACAAAGGUCGACGAGCGCUUCCCCGCCGUCAAGAAGCCCACCAACGAGCUGUACACCGAUGCCAAGGGCAUCAUCCUGUUCCCCUACCACAAGGGCCUCGAGGGUCGCGACCACGUCAUCAGCCUCUACUCCGACGAGUACAAGAAGGCCAACGGCGGCAAUGAUGCCGGCUUCGCCUUGAUCUCCACCGGCAAGGCCGCCAUCUCUACCGCUCUCGUCCUCACCCACGAGACUGUCAGCUUCAUCGGUGCCUUCCUGAGCGCGAAGAAGGAGGACGCCCACAAUGCUGUGGACAAGGCCACCAACAACUAGGAGUCAUGCGGGGCCAAUUACCCGAAUCCCUCUCCCGGCUCAUGCAAGAGGGACGAGGCGGUUGCCAGUCGCAUCGAAUGGAGGAAACAGGUCGCUCAGUACAGAGCAGGACGUCUCGGUUCUGCCUACUACAACUCCCCUCAGAAGGAUUAUCGGGACUACAAGGAGUAUCUGGCUUUGUCGGAACGUGAGGACCCUAAGCACCAUCAGGACUUCGGGGGCUGUGAGGGCUCUGAGCCCCCCCGCCGCAAUGGGAAGAAACGCUAGCAGUCCACUUUCCCCACGGUGAGGAAGGUCAAGACACCAAAGUCGCUGAGAAUGACGUCGAGCUCCGAACAUGAAGUCGUUGGUCUUGCCCGCCGAUUUAGUUCGUGAUGGGGCCAGCGCGUCGAGAUAUCCCUGUUUUGUGCACUUGUCAUUGUGCUCUCCUGCUUUUCACGUUUCGCCCUGUUUUACUACUUUCGGCAUCAUAACUGUCGCUUCACGCCUCUACAUUGCCGUUCUACACGAUGAAUAUGGGCCCGAUUGCUUUUUAGCAAGGUUGAAUAUUGUCUAGUCCGCAUCUUCAAGACUAAGACUUGGUUGCUGAUUGGGGUUGUUGAUGUCGUUGCUGUUGCUACCGAUGGUGCUGUACGCGAUCGUAAUGGGAGAAAUACGUUCUACGGGUGUUCAGAGGGGCAAAAUAGCUAAUAGAUUUCUUACCUGGUG